GGAGAAAACUUUGCUCAGAUACACGCUCGCGCGCGCAUGCAUUUAUAUGCGUACGUGCCUUCAGGCGUACAUGCGUUCCACGCGUUCAUCGUAUAAAUACCCCCUUUGCUGCGCCGGCUCAGUAUUUACAAGCAAACGCGUCGAAAUUAUCGCGCGCGAAGGGUACGCAUGUAUGUACGUACAUACGUAUAUAUAUUCAGGAGGAAGCAGCUCUCGUGGUAUUUCCACGCCCAUUCGAAAGUGAAGAAACCCGCGCGAGGCACGCUGCAGGCCAGAAUUAAGUAGUAUAGCUCCCCGGGGGGUGCAGCCGAAGCUUUGUUCUUAUGUCGUAUACCCACGCGUAUAUGCAAGCGCGAAGGAUUCUAUCUUCAGCAUUUAAAACUAUGAGCUAUAGCUUCUUAUCAUUUGUGCAAAUUUGUUUAACAUCGAUCUGAUUUUAGUAACCAUAUGUUUGCUUCGUCCACCAGCCCCCCGCACCCUUCGCGCAGCUGCCUGUUUUUAUUUUUGUGCACCUGUUGACCGAUCUUGGAUAAACCACCCAGUUGCAACGCACGAGCUGUGCUGCCGCCGCCCACGUUUUUCUGGUUUUCCUCUUUUUCGUUUUUUUCCUCCUUUUGGACGUUUUCCUUUUUUUUUCCUUUUUUCCCUCCCCCGCGUUUUCCCCGCCUGCGAACCUAAAAUGAAUAUUAAUGAGAAGGACAAACUGGCCGAGCAGAACUUAGAAACGCUAGACGUAACCAAGCUAACCCCCCUAAGCGAAGAUGUCAUAAGCAGGCAAGCCACGAUCAACCUGGGCACGAUAGGGCAUGUGGCCCAUGGAAAGUCAACGCUCGUUCAUGCCAUAUCCGGGGUGCACACAGUCAGAUUCAAGCACGAGAAGGAGAGAAAUAUUACCAUCAAAUUGGGGUAUGCGAAUGCAAAAAUUUAUAAAUGCACAAACCCGGAUUGCCUACCCCCAGAAUGUUACAGGUCAUACGAAAGUAGCAAAGAAGAUGAUCCAAUAUGCCCUCGUGAAAAUUGUCAACACAAAAUGAAAUUAUUAAGACACGUCUCCUUUGUUGAUUGCCCAGGACAUGACAUUUUAAUGGCAACCAUGUUAAACGGUGCAGCAGUUAUGGAUGCAGCUCUCUUACUAGUUGCAGGGAAUGAGUCCUGUCCACAGCCACAGACAUCCGAACAUUUAGCUGCCGUAGAAAUUAUGAGAUUAAAGCAUAUUUUAAUUUUACAAAAUAAGGUAGAAUUAAUUAAGGAAGAACAAGCCUUAAAGCAGCAGGAAGAAAUUAGAAACUUCGUUUCUGGUACGGCAGCUGAUAGUGCGCCCAUCAUCCCUAUCAGCGCUGUGUUAAAAUACAACAUCGAUGUGGUAUGUGAGUACAUAGUUACACAGAUAAGUAUACCGAAGAGGGACUUCAUAUCAUCCCCACACAUGAUUGUCAUUAGAUCAUUCGAUGUGAACAAGCCCGGAGAAGAUAUAGAAACUUUACAAGGCGGGGUUGCGGGAGGGAGUAUUCUACAUGGUGUGUUAAAAGUGGGGGAUAAGAUCGAAAUACGACCUGGUAUUAUUUCGAAAGAUGAAAAGGGAGAAAUUACCUGCAGACCUAUCAUUUCGCAAAUAUUGUCUAUGUUUGCUGAAAAUAAUAAUUUAAAAUAUGCCGUCCCUGGUGGACUGAUUGGAGUUGGAACCCGAAUUGAUCCCAUUUUAACGAGAGCUGAUCGAUUGGUUGGUCAGGUUAUUGGGCAUUUAAAUAAAUUACCAGACUGUUUUGCGGAAAUUGAAAUUUCCUACUAUUUGUUGAGAAGAUUAUUAGGGGUGAAAUCUCAGGAUGGAGAAAAAAAUACAAAGGUGGCAAAAUUAAAAAAUGGAGAAUUCUUAAUGAUUAAUAUUGGGUCUACUUCCAUUGGGUGUAGAGUCACAGGUAUUAAAUCUGAGCUAGCCAAGUUGGAAUUAACCGGCCCGGUGUGCACAAAAAUCGGCGACAAAAUUGCCCUAAGCAGGAGAGUCGACAAGCACUGGCGUUUGAUUGGAUGGGGGCAGAUCAACAAGGGCAAGCCCCUCGAGCUGCAGGAGCCAAUUUAAGCCAACCGAGGGUUCACUGCUUGUUCUGCGGAGGGGCAUUUGUGCAUGCGCAUGCUAAUACGUACAUAUAUAUAUGUGUAUAUAUGUGUGCGCCCCCAUGUACCAUACGCUAACGGGUGUACCUCUCUGCGCGCCCCCUUUUUUCCCCAAGGAGCCCCCUAUUUU